UCGCGCGCACAGACCCGCACGGGGACAGCUUUGAAGUCCUCGGGCCCCAUGGACGGGAUGCUGCUGCUGGCGAGAUGUCUGCUGGUGGUCCUCGUCUCCUCGCUGCUGAUGUGCUCGGGGCUGGCGUGCGGGCCCGGCCGGGGGUUCGGGAAGAGGCGGCACCCCAAAAAGCUGACCCCUUUAGCCUACAAGCAGUUUAUCCCCAACGUGGCGGAGAAGACCCUAGGAGCCAGCGGAAGGUACGAAGGGAAGAUCUCGAGAAACUCGGAGCGAUUUAAGGAACUCACCCCCAACUACAACCCCGACAUCAUAUUUAAGGAUGAGGAAAACACCGGAGCGGACCGGCUGAUGACUCAGAGGUGUAAGGACAAGUUGAACGCUUUGGCCAUCUCGGUGAUGAACCAGUGGCCAGGAGUGAAACUGCGGGUGACCGAGGGCUGGGACGAGGACGGCCACCACUCGGAGGAGUCGCUGCACUAUGAGGGCCGCGCGGUGGACAUCACCACGUCGGACCGUGACCGCAGCAAGUAUGGCAUGCUGGCCCGCCUGGCGGUGGAGGCCGGCUUCGACUGGGUGUACUACGAGUCCAAAGCACACAUCCACUGCUCCGUGAAAGCAGAGAACUCGGUGGCGGCCAAGUCAGGCGGCUGCUUCCCGGGCUCGGCCACGGUGCACCUGGAGCAGGGCGGCACCAAGCUGGUGAAGGACCUGCGCCCCGGGGACCGCGUGCUGGCGGCGGACGACCAGGGGCGGCUGCUCUACAGCGACUUCCUCGCCUUCCUGGACCGCGACGACCGGGCCAAGAAGGUCUUCUACGUGAUCGAGACGCGGGAGCCGCGCGAGCGCCUGCUGCUCACGGCCGCGCACCUGCUCUUCGUCGCGCCGCUCAACGACUCGGCCGCCGCGGAGCCCGAGGCGCCGUCGGGCGCGGGGCCGCCGCCGGGGGGCGCGCCGGGGCGCCGGGCGCUCUUCGCCAGCCGCGUGCGCCCGGGCCAGCGCGUGUACGUGGUGGCCGAGCCCGCGGGCGUGCACUGGUACUCGCGGCUGCUCUACCAAAUAGGCACCUGGCUUCUGGGCAGCGAGGCCCUGCACCCGCUCGGCAUGGCCGCCACGUCCAGCUGA